AUGGAGGGGUGUAAUCCUUUAACCCGCUUCGCCGCAGGAUGUUGGCCGCGGUCGGACAGAUGCUUCAAGAUGUCCCCCAAACGCAACCCUCAAGAAACACAAGCAUGGCUCGUCGGAGGGGGCAUCGCAUCGCUCGCCGCGGCGGUUCACCUCCUCAAGAAGGCCAAGGUGCCGGCACACCAAAUCCAUAUUCUAGACAUUCGCCACAGCAGCGGCGGGGCCAUGAAGAGCUCUGGAAACUGUGUGGACGGCUAUGUCCUGCAUACAGGGGCCCUGCCCUACUUGCGCGGGCAGUGCGUGGCCGACCUGCUCUCGAUGGUGCCCAGCGCUGCAAGUCCAGCUAUGUCUUAUUUGCAGGACAUCAAAUACUAUGAAUGCUAUACUCGGCCGAUCAAUCGGGCACACACGCGGGCGAUCAAGAGAAGCGACGAUGGUAUACAGAGGCUGGAUGAGCACCAGCUGCGCGUCGGCGCAAAGAUACGCAGGCAGCUGGUCCGGUUCCUGUUCGAUGGCGAGCGGUUCCUAGAGGCAAAGCAGAUCGACGAUAUCUUUGAUGACUCGUUCUUCGUGUCGGAAUUCUGGGCUCUGUGGUCAACAACCUUCUUGCUGCAACCGUGGCACAGCGCAAUUGAGUUCCACCGACUACUUGUCAAGCAUCUGCCUGAUAUGAACACUGAAAACGACGUGCGCCGGCUCGAGAGAACGCAGUUCAGUCUCUAUGAGUCGCUGGUCUUUCCAAUAGCGGCAUUCCUCAAGGACGAGGGCGUUGACUUCCACUUCCACACUGUAGUCACAGAUAUCAAAAUGUACCCCGAGGGGGACCCCAGGACGGUGCGGAAUAUGGUGCUAACUGAGCAGGGCAAGGAGAGGGCCAUCACUGUGGCCCCAAAUGAUAUUGUCAUCGUGACGUUGGGAUCUUUAUCAACAGGCUGGAAGACCGGAUCAAACGAUGAACACCCUCAAUCACCGUCACCCUUGUUGCUGGGCCCAGAAUGGACACUCUGGCAAAGGCUCCACGAGCAGUCGCCCAGGUUCGGUGACCCUACUGUGUUUUCAUCCCGCGUAGCCGAGUCCACAAUCGAAACAUUCACCAUAACACUGCGCGAGGCAGACUUCUUCAAGAACUAUUCGCGUCUAACACAGGAUAAGCCCGGGACAGGAGCCCUGCUCACCGUUCUGGGAAGCCCUUGGGGGUUAAACAUCAGCGUCCCCUCCCAGCCGAUAUUUCGCACACAACCAAACGAUAUUUACGUGAUUUGGGGCUAUGCACUGCAACCAGACCAGACCGGCGCAUAUGUUUCGAAGCCAAUGAAGCAAUGCUCUGGCCGGGAAAUUCUACUGGAGCUUCUGUCCCAUUUAGGGUUCCCUACAGAGCAGAUCCUUUCUUCGGCGACGACUAUUCCUUGCCUUGUACCGCUGGGGACUUCAGUGUUGCUGUCCCGCAAGGAGAACGACCGUCCCCGAGUCGUCCCUCAUGGGACUACGAAUAUCGCUUUUGUGGGACAGUACGUGGAGAUCCCGGGUGAUACGACAUUUGGUGUCGAGUACAGCGUUCGAGGCGCCGCAAUGGCAGUGCAUACUUUGAUGGGCUCGACCCAUAGCCCUCCUGCAGUGAGGAGGAGUAAAUUAUUGGAAGUGUUCGAGUUGCUGUGUUGA